AUGUCUCUUUUUGCCCUAAUAUCAGUUUUCCUCUUUAGCCAUGCAUUUGCAACUUCAAAUACUGCCGAGCAAAACUUCAUCCAGUGCCUGAUCAAUUCACCAGAACUCACUACUCCGAUCGCCGGUGCAAUCUACACUCCGGCCAACGCGUCGUUCCCCACGGUCUUGCAAGCCUACAUUCGUAACCUCCGGUUUAACGAAUCCACCACCCCAAAACCCUACAUAAUUAUCACUGCAUUAGACCUUUCACAUGUUCAAGUCUCCAUCAAAUGCGCCAAAAAACACAACUUAUUAAUGAAAACCCGAAGCGGUGGUCACGACUACGAGGGUCUAUCGUACGUCGCAUAUGACCACCCGUUCUUCAUCCUUGAUUUGUUUAAUUUUCGCUCGAUCAAUGUAUCGAUCGAAGAUGAAACUGCCUGGGUUCAAACCGGUGCAACCCUAGGCGAACUUUACUAUAGAAUCGCCGAAAAAAGCAGCACUCACGGCUUCCCCGCCGGAGUUUGCCCUACCGUUGGCGUUGGUGGACAUUUCAGCGGUGCGGGAUACGGUAACAUGAUGAGAAAAUACGGUCUUACUGUUGAUAACAUCAUCGAUGCUGAAAUCGUUGAUGUUAACGGAAAGCUUCUAAACCGCGAAUCGAUGGGUGAAGACUUGUUUUGGGCGAUAACUGGUGGCGGAGGUGUGAGCUUCGGUGUGGUUAUAUCGUACAAAAUUAAUCUAGUUCGGGUUCCGGCUACUGUAACCGUGUUUCGAGUGACACAUACGUCUGAAGAGAACGUAACAGAUGUCGCUUACCGGUGGCUACGAGUUGCGGACAAGCUAGACGAAAAUCUUUUCAUCCGAAUGGGUUUCGGCGUUGUGAACAACACGAAUGGGGCGAAAACGAUACGUGCUUCGUUUCCGAGUUUGUUUCUUGGUAACACCACAACCCUAAUGAAUAUUAUGGAUCAAAGCUUCCCGGAGCUAGGGUUACAAAGAUCAGACUGUCAAGAAAUGAACUGGACUCAGUCCGUUCUAUGGUACUACAACUUCCCUCCUGGAUCACCAGAUUCAACUCUUCUUAGUCGAAUCCCGCGAUCCCUUACCCAUCUCAAAAGAAAAUCAGAUUAUGUCAAAAACCCUAUUUCAAAACAAGGGUUAAGGUUUAUAUUCCAAAAGAUGAUUGAGCUAGAGCAUCCGGGUUUAACGUUCAAUCCUUACGGUGGACGAAUGGCUGAAAUCUCUGAGUUCGCUAAACCAUUUCCUCAUCGAGCCGGGAACAUAGCGAAGAUACAAUAUGCGUUAGAUUGGAGCGAAAAUGGCGUUGCUGCCGCGAACUUUUAUGUAAACCUUACUAGGGUUUUGCAUAAGUACAUGACUCCAUUUGUUUCAAAGUCUCCUAGAGAAGCUUUUUUGAAUUAUAGGGAUUUGGAUAUUGGUGUUACAAGUAAUGGGAAGAAUAGUUUCCUUGAAGGGACUGUUUACGGGGUCAAGUAUUUCAAGGAGACUAAUUUCAGAAGGUUGGUGAAGGUUAAAACGAUGGUGGAUCCUGAUAACUUCUUUAGAAAUGAGCAAAGUAUACCUACUUUGCCCUCUUCAAGGAAGUAAACUACGUCAUUCUUUUGACUCAUUUACAUAUAUUCGUUUGCAUAAUAUAUAUGUUGAUUAUUACUUUGUGAUUGUAACGUUUUAUUUGAUAUAUAAUUUCAAUAAAGAAGUGUGAUUGUGUAUA